GAACCAAGAUGGCGGCAGAAAGAGAGUGAGCCAAUCAUCUAGGUUUUAAGCCCCGUAUGAAUUAGUUGAAGAAACUGCCUUAUUGCUCUGUUGAAAGUCUCAUAGUCUGGAGUAUUUUACAUGGUCAUUAGUUUCCAUCACCUCUUGUAAUUGUGGCCCUUCCUGAGAAACACGACAAAAGAGCCUAGCUUGAAUUUAAGUAAAGGCGGAUCCAGGGUCACAGGAUCAGCCAGUGCCCUGGGACCUGCCUUCCCCUGAAGCUGCUUCUAGAGCCAAAGGGAAAGAAGCAGACACAGGCUUGUGAUGUGCUUGCAGGAGACAGAACGCUGAGGAGGCACCAGGUUCUCACUCUCCCUCCUUCCUGGAGGAUCACACCUUCUGCAGGGAGUCUCCCCACACAGAUCCCUCCCUGCACCAUGGCCUUUGCAGCCUCUCUGGCUGAGCUCCAAGCAGAAGCCAGCUGCCCCAUCUGCCUGGAUUACAUGAAGGACUCAGUCACCACUCACUGUGGGCACAACUUCUGUCACUCCUGCAUCAACCAGCGCUGGGAAGACUUACAGGAUGUCCUCCCCUGUCCUGUCUGCCUCCAUCACUGCCCUGAUGAGAACCUCAGGAGCAACACCCAGUUGCGCCACAUGAUUGAUAUGGUUCAGCAGCUUCUCACCGUGAGGAGCAAAAGGGAAUGGCAGGAAGAGGAGCCCCUCCGUGAGAAGCACAGUCAGGGUGUGGUCCUGCUCAGUGAGAAGGACCUGGAGCUAUUGUGUCCCCAGUUCAAGGUCUCCUUUGACCAUCAGGAUCAUCCUUUGUUGCCCAUUGAGCAAGCUGCAGCUAUACACAGAAGGAAGCUCAAAAGCUACAUUAAGCCACUAAAGAAGGAAACCAAACAUGCCAAGAUGUGGUCUGAAGUCCCAAUUUUGAGAUCUCUUAACGUGAAAAAGAAGAUGGCAACAUGGAGGAAGGAAUUACAAUCUGAAUUUAAAGAAAUUAAGUCUUUCUUGGUAAAGAAACAAGCUGCAAUUCAUGCAAGAUUACUUACUGAAGAGAAGGAUGCUAAAGAAAAACUCACUGAAAACCAAAGACAAAUUUCAGACCACUUAUCCACACUACAGAAUCUCUUAAAUGAAGUAACAGAGAAGUGUUUUCGGGCAGACCUGGAUGUGCUGACAGUGUUGAGAACAUCUACAACACAUAUGACAACCUGAAAACCCCUGCAGUCUUCUCAUACGAAUCAAAGAAGGAGAAUUUGAGUCUCUCUCCACCUUAUUUUGGCCUGAAAAAAAUGAUGAGCACGUUUCAGGAAGAUUUGACACUAGAUCCAGAAACAGCCCACCCUAGUCUUAUUAUCUCAAGAGACAGAAAGUGUGAUAUUUAGAAUGAUGAACCCACACUUUACUGAUAAUCCUCAGUCAUUUAGUUUUUACCCAGCUGUCCGAAGCUGUGAGGGAUUUGAUGCUGGGAGACACUUUUGGCAAGUAGAAGUGAGAGGCAAAGGUACAUGAUUCCUUGGUGUGUGUAAAGAAACAUUUCCCAGAGAUGAUCUUACAUCACCAACUCCACAGAUGGGGUGCUGGCAAAUUCAGCCAUUCUGUAGUUCAUGCAAUACAAGGAACACAGAAGUCCUGCAAGUUGGCAUUUUUCUGGACUAUGAGUUGGGAGAAAUUUCCUUUUAUAAUUUAAAUACCAGAUCAUAUGUGUACACUUUCACUGGUAAGUUUACAGAAAAGCUGAUGCCUUAUUUCUCUAUUGCACCUUCUUCACAAGCUGUUACAAUCAUAUUAUCAUAGACCAAUGAUUAACUACUUAGAGCACCCUUUAUAUGUAGCUAUAUUUUCUUCCUGUGUUCUUGGAAGGCAUUUGUAAUAAAGGUUCUGAUUC